AUGGGCGCGGGCGCGAUAGGGCGGCAGAUGGUCGCAAAGACGCGGGCGGCGUAUUACGGCGGGAACAAGUUCCGGCUCCCACUGGAUUGCCUACAGUCGUUCCUGUCGGACAGUCUCGAGGACGGCGAGAUGGACAGUAUCAACCAGCUCAUCCAGAGGGAGCUGCUGAUGCUCCUCCUCUUCACGCGGGCCGAGACCAUCACAAUCCGCCUGUGUCUAAGCCGUGACGCGGCGGACCCGCACUUGCGCCAGCGGAUCCUUGCCCUCGCGCCGGUGGUGAAGAGGCUGUUGGCACAUUUCGGGGACCGCGUCCGCAUAGUGCAGGACGUGCUCCAUCCAUCACCGACAGCGCAGCGUUGUCUCCAGUCCUACUGGGACAGGCCAACCAACGAGACCAGACGCAGAGUAGACGCGGCAAUGGCAAGCCUGGAAGAGUCAAUUCAGGUGGCGAUUGCAGGCUUGGCGUAG